CGCCAGCAGUGAGGGAAGAUGACCAUGCAGAACGAUUUCAGUGAUGGAAUCAGGCACAGGAAGGCGUCGUCAACAAAGGCUUGGGAGUCAAAUAUUUCGCCCUUUGGACCUUCUUCUGGCUCUUUCAGAAAGAAGAAUUCUUCGGUUUAUGUGCCCUAUGUGGACCGAGUGAACUUUGCAAGGCGUAAGAAGCCAGGAAGCUGGACAACUGUUUUCAUUGAAGUUACGUUGAUUGUUGCUGCCCUGUCCGGCGCGGUUCUCGCUUACCUCUACGCUGAUGAGCUGCACCUGAAUAUUACUCGGUUCUAUGCUAAAAUGGGGUCAACGCAAGCACAAAAUUUGCUGAGUCAACAUUUGCUACAAGGAGCACAAACCGAAGACGAAAUCCAGGAGGCUGUGUAUUGGCUGCGAAAGGCUGCAAAAAAGGGAGACCCAUUGGCCAACUACAAUUUGGUUGUGGCACAUCUGAAGCAGCAUGCAGAAACCGAAGGACUGACAAUGGAUGAAGUCAAACGAAUGAUGGACCACGCUGGGGCUCAUGGAGUGCAACAGGCCAAACAGUUUUUGGGUGACUGCAAGAAGCAUACAAAAUGUGCAUGGUUGUCCAAUAAGCUCGCGAAGCGUCAAAAAUGAUCUUCCCGAGGCCUGAAGGAAAACAUAGUAACUUAAUCUAAAUUUGACUCUGUGUAUUCCUCCCUCUGACUGACUGUCUGUUCACGAAAUUUGUGGUAAAUCUCUGUCACUUACUUUUCGAGGACUGCUACCUGUGUUACUGUCCUGGUUCCUCGUGGAUCUGUCCAGAUUUUGCACCAUUUCAGCAUCAUUAUUCUGAUUUUUCAAUUUAUCCACCAGUGCUUGUAGUUCAUUCACGCGCUUC